AUGCGCGCACAUUCAUGGCGCGUUUCCCUACUUGUCGAGUACAACGGCAGUCUUGCGCAGGAAGCAGGUGAGGAUUUCCGUCACAGCCCCCGCACGCCCUCUCUGCUCGGCGCGUACAUGUAUCGCCUCCACAUGUCCAUAGACUAUGCACUGGCUGUGAGCUACCGGCGCGACCAGUCGGGAACCAAUGCCAAAUUUGUAGCCAGGAUCAGCUUGGUCAAGGGCGUGCCGUUCUAUGGAUUCCACGUGGGCUACCACUACUUUCUUAAAAUUUACGUCUUCAACCCUGUCGUGAUUAGCCGACUAUCCGACCUGCUUUUGCAAGGCGUCAUCAUGAAGCAAAAGUUUCAGCCCUACGAAACGCACCUACAGUAUAUUUUACAGUUCAUGUGCGACUACAACCUCUACGGGUGUGAUUACCUCGACGUCUCCAAAGUUCGCUUCAGGGCGCCUGUGCCGCAGUCGGCGGGGAAGGCGGGUCAGAUCGACAUCUGUGCGCAGGAUAUCGCCAACCGCAAAGCUGUCAAAGAGAGGAGGCUGCACCACGACUUUGUUGAACGAAUCCAGCCCAUCGCGCCAGAGAUCAAGCUCUUAUCAAGCAUGGCCGGCCUCUGGCGCGACGAGACGAGGCGCCGAAUGCUAAAGCUGCCGGCGCUCGCGCGGAAAACCACGAGCAGUCCCUUCCCUCCCGGUGCCCUAGUCUCCAUGUCACCAGGUUCACGGAAUCCCCAGUCCCAGGGCUGGAUUCAUGAGGAAGAGUACAAGAGCCUCCUGCGAGAGCUCAUCUCCAAUGAGAGAUCGGCAGAUGAGGACGGCGCCGGCCCCGACUUUGAUACUUUUGUCGAGCCCCAACCCGGAGAUGAGGAGAUUAGAACAGUUCUAGAGUCGGUGACGGAUCUGUAUCCAGACACCCUUCGAGCAGCCCUUGGGCUCGUGGACACAGCGCAGCAGCCUGCGGAGAAUGGCGCAAGCGACGUAGAAGUCAAUGCGCAGGAGAUUUUGCCCGCCCAGCCAACAGACGAGGAUUAUUUCCCGCAUGACUCGGAUGAAGACGUCGCUGCCGAGACCGCCAUCACCGCAAGCCAAGAGGCUCGCAACACCGCGACGAUGGAGGCUCUAGGACCAUUAGAUACAAUUCCUUUAGGUCUCUGCGCCAGUGCUCUGAGAACGGGCAGGAGGGUUCAUAUUCCUAUCACCGCGAAGCUUCUGGCGGCUGCCCAGGACGGACAUUUCAUCAGCCAAGAAGACGACGAAGUGUCGGAAACGGAUAGUCGGUCCUCUUCGAAGCGGUCGAGGACUCCAGAUCCCAGUCAGCCUAACGGAGCCAAACCAGCAAAGCGACCGAGGCUGGAGGACUCGCUUCCCAGGCUUGUGGCGCCCGAUGGAAGACCUUUAAGCCUUUCGCAAAAGUCCCAAGCGUCCUCUCGCAGCUCGGGGAAGCGUAGACCGAGCAAGUCACCAAUCUCGUCGCAACAGAAAGACAAGGAUCAAAGUAAUCUCAAUUUCCCCAUCGUCAAGGAUCCCAGCGAGCCUAGCUCCCAAAGCAGCUCCAGCCAGGCAAAGCAGAAACUAGGUGUUCCUUCUGCAGAUGUCACCCACACUGCCGGAACAGGUCCUAGUAGCAAUACGGAGACUCCCCGAGAGUCCAAGUCGGCCCGGAAGCAGGUUCGCUUCGGCAUCGGGUCCAAGGAUUUGCUUUCGCCAAUCUCCCCAGGCCUCACGACUCCAUCUAAAUCUGCAGUACCGGCUCUAUCCAACGAAAAGGAUGUCCCUGGUCGUCCGAUCGAAUUCGCCGGUCGAGAGUUCCGUCUUGAGGGCAACACUCUCCCUUAUCUUCCCGAUUUUAAUCUAUCAGGGGCCGCUGGUGAGCCCUCCGAUGAGGUGGGUGGCCAGGCCCAAAUGCCCAAUGAGCUCCCUGAUGCAAGACGCCGACGAAUUUGCACGCAACGGAGCUGGGAGUUUGCGAAACCCCUCCAACCUAUGAUGAGGAACAAAAACGGGUUCAAGUACUCGCAGAAGAAGAAGUCUACCGGCGUGGUUCAUGAGACUCAAUACAUGAGCACGAUGAGCGUGGAGAUCCACGUUAACACUAGAGGCAAAUUUGUCCCGAACCCGGAAGAGGACGAGGUCCAAUGCAUCUUCUGGUGCGUCAAGUCUGACGACUCCGGAGAGGACGAGGCCGGAUCGUUUCAUUCUGGGAUAGUGGUUCUCUCAGAGGACGGCUCUACCACGGAAGCCCUGCGCCGUAUGACCCAUGCGGAAGUCUUAGAGGAGACGACCGAGCUCGAUUUGUUCGUGCGGAUGAUUGGGAUUGUGCGAAGCUACGAUCCCGAUAUUAUGACAGGAUACGAGGUGCACGGAGGAUCGUGGGGUUACCUGAUUGAAAGAGCCCGUCUCAAGUACGACUAUGACCUUUGCGACGAGUUUUCGCGCAUGAAGAGCAACUCUCACGGCAGGCACAUGAUCAAUGUCUGGAGGGCCAUGCGGGGAGAGCUAAACCUGCUCCAGUACACGCCAGAAAACGUGGCGUGGCACCUUCUCCACCGCCGGGUGCCGCAUUACCCCUGGAGGGUGCUGACGUCGUGGUACAAGAACGGGCGGCCGCGAGACCUCUUCAAGCUCAUCCGACACUACCUCGCCCGUACCAAGAUGAACCUCGAGAUCCUGGACGCUAACGAGUUGAUCCCCGCACCAGCGAACAAGCGCGCGUUCUCGGCCCGGAAGCAGGUGGGCGGCCAAAACGCGCUCGAGUGCCUCCCGCUCGUGAUGGAGCCUCAGAGUGCGUUCUACACCAACCCCGUACUCGUGCUGGACUUUCAGAGUCUUUACCCGAGCGUCAUGAUUGCGUACAACUACUGCUACUCUACGCUCUUGGAGCUGCUCAAAGACCAUGUCAAUAUCGCGCCCAACGGUAUGAUGUACGCGACAGCCACCAUCCGCAAAUCACUGCUCGCCAAGAUGCUCACCGAGAUCCUGGAGACGCGCUUCAUGGUCAAGUCGGGCAUGAAGCAGGACAAGGGCGACCGGAGGCUCCAGAGGCUCCUGAACAACAGGCAGCUGGCGCUGAAGCUCCUGGCCAACGUCACGUACGGGUACACCUCGGCAUCGUACUCGGGCCGGAUGCCGUGCGCCGAGAUCGCGGAUAGCAUCGUCCAGACGGGGCGCGAAACGCUCGAGAAGGCCAUUGCGUACAUCCACUCGAGGGGAGACUGGAACGCCGAAGUGGUGUAUGGCGACACCGACAGUCUGUUUGUGUCACUAAAGGGCCGCACAAAGGACCAAGCCUUUGACAUUGGCGCCGAGAUCGCCCAGGCCAUCACGGACAUGAACCCACGGCCCAUCAAGCUCAAGUUCGAAAAGGUCUACUUCCCCUGCGUGCUCUUGGCGAAGAAGCGGUACGUAGGGUACAAGUACGAGUCCAAAGAUCAAGUCGAGCCCGAGUUUGACGCCAAGGGUAUCGAGACGGCGCUCAAGAUCCUCUUCGAGACGGCGGACCUGAGCCAGGUCAAGGCGUACUACCAAUCGCAGUGCGACAAGAUUAUGCGCGGUGCUGUGUCAGUGCAGGACUUUUGCUUCGCCAAAGAGGACGCCCGGGCCGAACCGCAAUACGGCGAGCGCGUCCCCUACGUCGUCGCCACGGGCGCGCCGGGAGCCCGGCUCAUCGACCGCUGCAUCGCGCCCGAGGACCUGCUGCAAAACUCGCACGUGACGCUCGACGCCGACGCCCGCCAGUGGUACGACGAGAUGCCCAAGGUGCGCCGCGUGCGCCGCCUCGACCCCGCCGCGCACCGCAAGACGCUCGAGUCCUACAUGUCGUCGGCGUCGUGCGCCGUCUGCGGCGCCAAGACCCGGGCCGCCGACGAGCCCCUCUGCGAUCCCUGCCGGUCCAACGUCCCGGCCUCCGUGGGCGCGCUCAGGACCAGGCUGGCCAGGCUGGAGAGGAGCGUGGUGGACGUGGAUUCGGUGUGCAGCAAGGACUGCCCGGUGUACUAUACGCGGGUGAAGGAAGGCGUGAAGCUGAGAUCGGAGCAGGCCACCGUGAAUCCUAUUAUUGAAAAGUUGCUAGACACUCCUUCUCGACUAGAGUGGUAA